AUGAUUGAACAAUCUCCACUUAUAUCUUGCCUACUGUCCACACCUAUUUGUGCAAGUCUUGGUGUUGCACGUCAGGAGCUGCGAAAUAAUCAGUGCUCAAAGGUACCAGUGUCUGAUGGCAUGAAACACUUGAGAUAUGCCGUUUCGUCUGGGGAUUCUGAUAAUGUUCAUAGACUGCUGAAGUCUUUAUGUACACCACUAAGUGACAAUGAAGUUGAUAUGCCUCUUAUUUGUAUAGCAGCUGGAAAAGGUUAUGCAGAUAUAACCGGUCUACUUAUCAGACAUGGUGCACGUGUAAAUGCACAGUCGAAUGAAGGUUCUACUGCGCUAAUAUAUGCUGCAGAUGGUGGUCAUCUGGCUGUUUUAUCGCUGUUGUUAAAUGCAGGUGCAGCGCUAAAUGUUAUUAACUUUCAUGGAGAAUCUGCACUUACACGUGCGACACGACGUGGAUGGGUUCAGUGUGCACGGCUUCUUUUAAGCUAUGGGGCCAAUCCUAAUCGCUUGCCGUCAAAUGGACAUAAUGUUUUCGUAUCACCUUUACACAUAGCCCGUCAACUGUAUCAACCCGCCAUAGAGCAAGAUAUCUUAAGGAGAUCAAUUGAGAUUGACAAGGCUUUGGUGGAAAUAGUAUCGAUGACUUUACCAAAUCAUCUGACUUUAGUACAACCGGGACAUCUACCAGAUACAGUGUCCUCGAGUUUGUUUCCAGUUCAGCUUAUUUCUCCAUCAGAAAUCGAUAAUUUUACUGUUUAUUUUAAAACACCUCCAUAUUAUGGUGCACGCAGUACACAAUCUACGGAUAAAGAAUCGUCUCAGAGAUCAACACCAUCUGAUGAAUUAAUUUUUGUCUACAUUGUUCGAGCUCAAUUAUUUGAUAAUCAUGUUUCCUGUUGGCUCACUGGACCUACAUUGGAAGCUGUAUCACUGACUUUUAAUGGGACAAGCAAACAUUGCACUCGUAUACCCCUGUCGUCUGAAUGUUCGGGGAUGAGCGUGUUUUCAGUAUCAACAGUUAUCCGAAGAGGUGUUUUCAAUACACUGUGUUUGGAGUUGCGUGCACAAAACUCUUCAAAUGCUGAAACAAUCCAGGACUCAUUAUGCGAUACAUUUGUACUUGUUGGAGCAUAUCGUAUUUGUCUAGACGUACAAUCUUUGGUAAGAACGUCGAUGAACCCAGUUUCAACACCAGCAGCGUCUAGACCGACUUAUUACAUUCCUCGACCAGUGAUAUGA